CGGGAUUGGAGCGAGUCAUUUCCGAGAGCGCAGCGCGCCUCUCCCCGGCCGGGCGGACACUUGGUUCAUUCCAGCCGCAGAAGCUCAGGGCUCCCGCGUACCGGGAUUUUUUUUCCCCCUCCCGGAGCAGGAAGAAAAAAAAAAGCUACAGAGCUCUCCUGACCUCCUUUCUCCUCCGCGGCGAGCGAAGCCUCUCCCUCGGGCUGCCGGCCGCGCUAUGCCGCGCUCGCGGGGACCGGAGCAAGGAUGUUGCGGCUGCCCGGCAGGGAGGGCUCGCGGCGAAAUCGGGAUUUGGGCGCUUGUGCCGGGCACCGGUAGUCGCUGGGGCCGCCCGCCUCCACCACCGCCGCCGCCGCCGCCGCCGCCACCACUGCUGCUGCUGCUGGGCUGGGGGCUGCUCAGUGCCUCGGCUGCCGCGGGCCAGAACUGCACAUUUCAUCUUCAGGGUCCCAAUGGCACAGUGGAGAGCCCCGGGUUCCCUUACGGCUACCCCAAUUAUGCCAACUGCACAUGGACCAUCACCGCGGAGGACCAGCACAGGAUCCAGCUCGUGUUCCAGUCCUUCGCCCUAGAAGAGGACUUUGAUGUCCUAUCAGUGUUUGAUGGCCCACCGCAGGCAGAGAACCUUCGAACAAGGCUCACCGGCUUUCAGCUCCCGGCCACCAUAGUCAGUGCUGCCAGCACCUUGUCCCUGAGCCUCAUCAGCGACUAUGCAGUCAGUGCCCAGGGCUUCCGUGCCAGCUAUGAAGUUCUCCCGAGUCACACUUGUGGGAACCCAGGGAGGCUGCCGAAUGGUAUCCAGCAAGGCUCCACCUUCAACCUGGGCGACAAGGUCCGCUACAGCUGCAACCCCGGCUUCUUCCUGGAAGGCCACGCGGUGCUCACCUGCCAUGCCAGCUCCGAGAACAGUGCCACGUGGGAUUUUCCUCUGCCUUCCUGCAGAGCGGAUGACGCCUGUGGCGGGACCCUGCGCGGCCAGAGUGGCAUCAUCUCCAGCCCCCACUUUCCUGCUGAGUAUCACAACAAUGCGGACUGCACAUGGACUAUCCUGGCUGAGCUUGGGGACACAAUCGCCCUGGUGUUUAUUGACUUCCAGUUAGAGGAUGGAUAUGACUUCCUGGAGGUCACAGGGACCGAAGGCUCCUCUCUCUGGUUUACCGGAGCCAGCCUCCCAGCGCCUGUCAUCAGCAGCAAGAACUGGCUGCGGCUACACUUCACAUCAGAUGGUAACCACCGGCAGCGUGGCUUCAGCGCCCAGUACCAAGUCAAGAAGCAGAUUGAGCUGAAGUCUCGAGGCGUGAAGCUGAUGCCCAGCAAGGACAAUAACCAGAAGACGUCAGUGUUAACUCAGGUUGGUGUGUCCCAAGGACAUAAUAUGUGUCCAGAUCCCGGCAUACCUGAAAGGGGAAAAAGACUAGGCUCAGACUUCAGGUUAGGAUCCAGCGUCCAGUUCACCUGCAGCGAGGGCUAUGACCUACAAGGGUCCAAGCGGAUCACCUGCAUGAAAGUGAGCGACAUGUUUGCAGCUUGGAGUGACCACAGGCCGGUCUGCCGAGGGCUCACUGAGGUGCUGUCACCUGCCCCACUAGGAAAAAAGAAGAGGCACGUUGCUCACUCCCUCAGACCUGAACAGCCACCAGCCCGCAUGUGUGAUGCCCACCUCCGAGGUCCCUCGGGCAUCAUCACUUCCCCCAACUUCCCCAUUCAGUAUGACAACAACGCACACUGUGUGUGGAUCAUCACGGCACUCAACCCCGCCAAGGUGAUCAAGCUGGCCUUUGAAGAGUUCGAUCUGGAGAGGGGCUAUGACACCCUGACAGUUGGGGACGGUGGGCAGGAUGGGGACCAGAAGACGGUCCUCUACAUCCUGACAGGUACCUCGGUCCCAGACCUCAUCGUCAGCACUCAUCAUCAAAUGUGGCUCCUCUUCCAGAGUGACAGCAGUGGCAGUUCCCUGGGAUUCAAGGCCUCCUAUGAAGAGAUCGAGCAGGGCAGUUGCGGAGACCCCGGCAUACCUGCCUAUGGCCAGAGAGAAGGCUCUCGCUUUCGCCACGGUGACACCCUCAAGUUUGAAUGCCAGCCUGCCUUUGAGCUGGUGGGGCAGAAAUCAAUCACGUGCCAAAAGAAUAACCAGUGGUCGGCUAAGAAGCCAGGCUGUGUGUUUUCCUGCUUCUUCAACUUCACCAGUCCCUCUGGGAUCGUCCUGUCUCCCAACUACCCUGAAGACUAUGGAAAUCAUCUUCACUGUGUCUGGCUUAUCCUGGCCCGGCCCGAGAGCCGCAUCCACCUGGCCUUCAAUGACAUUGACGUGGAGCCUCAGUUUGAUUUCCUGGUCAUUAAAGACGGAGCCACUGCUGAGGCCCCGGUCCUUGGUACCUUCUCGGGAAAUCAGCUCCCUUCCUCCAUAACCAGCAGUGGCCAUGUGGCCCGUCUAGAGUUCCAGACUGACCACUCCACAGGGAAGAGGGGCUUCAACAUCACCUUUACCACCUUCCGACAUAACGAGUGUCCGGAUCCUGGCGUUCCAGUUAACGGCAAGCGGUUUGGUGACAGCCUGCAGCUAGGCAGCUCCAUCUCCUUCCUAUGCGACGAAGGUUUCCUCGGGACGCAGGGCUCUGAGACCAUCACCUGUGUUCUGAAGGAGGGCAGCGUGGUGUGGAACAGCGCCGUGCUUCGUUGUGAAGCUCCCUGUGGCGGUCACCUGACUUCGCCCAGCGGGACCAUCCUAUCUCCAGGCUGGCCUGGCUUCUACAAGGAUGCCCUGAGCUGCGCCUGGGUGAUUGAAGCGCAGCCUGGAUACCCCAUCAAGAUUACAUUCGACAGGUUUAAAACCGAGGUCAAUUAUGACACCCUGGAAGUACGAGAUGGACGGACAUACUCAGCGCCUUUGAUCGGCGUUUACCAUGGGACCCAGGUGCCCCAGUUCCUCAUCAGCACCAGUAACUGCCUCUACCUCCUCUUCUCCACUGACAAGAGUCACUCGGACAUCGGCUUCCAGCUCCGCUAUGAGACUAUUACAUUGCAGUCAGAUCACUGUCUGGACCCAGGCAUCCCCGUCAACGGGCAGCGUCAUGGAAACGACUUCUAUGUGGGUGCUCUGGUGACCUUCAGUUGUGACUCGGGCUACACGUUAAGCGAUGGGGAGCCCCUGGAGUGUGAGCCAAAUUUCCAGUGGAGUCGUGCCCUUCCCAGCUGUGAAGCUCUCUGUGGUGGCUUCAUCCAAGGCUCCAGUGGCACCAUCUUGUCGCCAGGGUUCCCUGACUUCUACCCCAACAACUUGAACUGCACCUGGGUUAUUGAGACGUCACAUGGCAAGGGUGUGUUCUUUACCUUCCAUACCUUCCACCUAGAGAGCGGCCAUGACUACCUCCUCAUCACUGAGAACGGCAGCUUCUCCCAGCCCCUGAGGCAACUGACCGGUUCGAGGCUGCCAGCGCCCAUCAGUGCCGGGCUCUAUGGCAACUUCACGGCUCAAGUCCGCUUCAUCUCUGAUUUCUCCAUGUCCUAUGAGGGAUUCAACAUCACCUUCUCAGAGUAUGACCUGGAGCCCUGUGAAGAGCCUGAGGUUCCGGCCUACAGCAUCCGAAAGGGCUUGCAGUUUGGCGUGGGUGACACCCUGACCUUUUCCUGCUUCCCCGGGUACCGUCUGGAGGGCACGGCCCGCAUCACGUGCCUGGGGGGCAGACGGCGCCUGUGGAGUUCGCCUCUGCCAAGGUGUGUUGCGGAGUGUGGGAACUCGGUCACGGGCACUCAGGGCACUCUGCUGUCCCCCAACUUUCCUGUGAACUACAAUAACAAUCACGAGUGUAUCUACUCCAUCCAGACCCAGCCAGGGAAGGGGAUUCAGCUUAAAGCCAAGGCAUUUGAACUCGCUGAAGGAGACCUCCUCAAGGUCUAUGACGGCAGUAACAACUCCGCCCGUUUGCUGGGGGUCUUCAGUCGCUCUGAGAUGUUGGGGGUGACUUUGAACAGCACAUCCAGCAGCCUGUGGCUUGACUUCAUCACCGAUGCAGAAAACACCAGCAAAGGCUUCGAACUUCAAUUCUCUAGUUUCGAGCUCAUCCGAUGUGAGGACCCAGGGACCCCACAGUUCGGCUACAAGGUUCACGAUGGAGGUCAUUUUGCAGGGAGCUCAGUGACCUUCAGCUGUGACCCUGGCUACAGUCUUCGGGGCAGCGAGGAACUGAUGUGUCUGAGUGGUGAACGCAGGACGUGGGAUCGACCGCUGCCCACCUGUGUCGCUGAGUGUGGAGGCACAGUGAGAGGAGAGGCGUCAGGGCAGGUGCUGUCGCCUGGAUACCCGGCUCCCUACGAACACAAUCUCAACUGCAUCUGGACCAUUGAGGCAGACGCCGGAUGCACCAUUGGGCUCCACUUCCUUGUGUUUGACACAGAAGAGGUCCACGACGUGCUACGCAUCUGGGACGGACCUGUGGAAAGCGGGGUUCUCCUCAAGGAGCUGAGCGGCUCGAUGCUGCCCAAGGACCUGCACAGCACCUUCAAUUCAGUCGUCCUGCAGUUCAGCACGGACUUCUUCACCAGCAAGCAAGGCUUCGCCAUUCAGUUCUCAGUGUCCACAGCAACCUCCUGCAACGACCCUGGAGUCCCACAGAAUGGGAGUCGGAGCGGCGACAGCUGGGAAGCCGGUGACACCACAGUGUUCCAGUGCGACCCGGGCUAUGCUCUGCAGGGAAGCGCAGAGAUCAGCUGUGUGAAGAUCCAGAAUAGAUUCUUCUGGCAGCCCAGCCCGCCCACGUGCAUUGCUCCUUGUGGGGGAGACCUAACUGGACCAUCAGGAGUCAUUCUGUCACCAAACUACCCAGAACCCUACCCACCAGGCAAGGAGUGUGACUGGAAAGUGACCGUCUCUCCAGACUACGUCAUCGCCCUGGUAUUUAACACAUUUAACUUGGAGCCUGGCUAUGAUUUUCUUCACAUCUACGAUGGACGGGACUCCCUCAGCCCUCUCAUAGGAAGCUUCUAUGGCUCACAGCUCCCCAGCCGCAUUGAAAGCAGCAGCAACAGCCUCUUCCUCGCCUUCCGCAGCGACGCAUCUGUGAGCAAUGCUGGCUUCGUUAUUGACUACACAGAAAACCCAAGAGAGUCAUGUUUUGACCCUGGUUCCAUCAAGAAUGGCACUCGAGUGGGUUCCGACCUGAAGCUUGGAUCUUCCAUCACCUACUACUGCCACGGGGGCUACGAGGUUGAGGGUGCCUCCACCCUGAGCUGCAUCCUGGGCCCUGAUAAGAAGCCGAUGUGGAACAACCCGAGGCCAGUCUGCACAGCUCCCUGUGGUGGACAGUAUGUUGGUUCCGAUGGAGUGGUCCUGUCUCCAAACUACCCCCAGAACUACACCAGUGGACAGACCUGUCUGUAUUUUGUCACCGUGCCUAAGGACUACGUGGUGUUUGGCCAGUUUGCCUUCUUCCAUACGGCCCUCAACGACAUAGUGGAGGUACACGAUGGCUACAGCCAGCACUCUCGGCUCCUCAGCUCACUCUCAGGCUCUCACACAGGAGAGUCGCUGCCCUUGGCCACCUCCAAUCAGGUUCUUAUUAAGUUCAGCGCCAAAGGUCAAGCAUCAGCCAAGGGCUUCCACUUCGUGUACCAAGCGGUGCCCCGAACCAGUGCCACGCAGUGCAGUUCUGUGCCAGAACCUCGCUAUGGCAAGAGGCUUGGCAGUGACUUCUCCGUGGGGGCCAUCAUUCGCUUUGAAUGCAACUCAGGCUAUGCCCUGCAGGGGUCCCCAGAGAUUGAGUGCCUCCCGGUACCUGGGGCUCUGGCUCAGUGGAAUGUCUCUGCGCCAACCUGUGUGGUGCCAUGUGGUGGCAACCUCACCGAGCGCAGGGGCACCAUCCUGUCCCCCGGUUUCCCAGAGCCAUACCUCAACAGCCUGAACUGCGUAUGGAGGAUCAUGGUCCCUGAAGGCGCUGGCAUCCAGAUCCAAGUCAUCAGUUUUGUCACAGAGCAGAACUGGGACUCUCUAGAAGUGUUUGACGGAGCAGAUAACACCGUUAACAUGCUGGGUAGUUUCUCAGGAGCAACAGUGCCCGCCCUCCUGAACAGCACCUCCAAUCAGCUCUAUCUACAUUUCUACUCUGACAUCAGCGUGUCUGCCGCUGGCUUCCACUUGGAAUACAAGACGGUGGGCUUGAGCAGUUGUCCCGAACCAGCUGUUCCCAGCAAUGGGGUGAAGACAGGAGAGCGCUACUUGGUGAAUGAUGUGGUCUCUUUCCAGUGUGAGCCGGGAUAUGCCCUCCAGGGCCACGCCCACAUCUCCUGCAUGCCCGGGACUGUGCGUAGAUGGAACUACCCGCCUCCGCUCUGCAUCGCGCAAUGCGGGGGAGCAGUGGAAGAGAUGGAAGGGGUGAUCCUGAGCCCCGGUUUCCCAGGCAACUACCCCAGUAACAUGGACUGUUCCUGGAAGAUCUCGCUGCCUGUGGGCUUUGGUGCUCACAUCCAGUUUCUGAACUUCUCCACGGAGCCCAACCACGACUUCUUAGAAAUCCGGAGCGGCCCCUCCGAGACCAGCCGCAUGAUGGGCAGGUUUAGCGGGAGUGAGCUGCCGGGCUCCCUGCUCUCCACGUCCCACGAUACCAUCGUGUAUUUCCACAGUGACCACUCCCAGAACCGGCCAGGAUUCAAGCUGGAGUACCAAGCCUACGAACUCCAAGAGUGCCCAGACCCAGAGCCUUUUGCCAACGGCAUAGUGAGGGGAGCCGGCUAUAAUGUUGGACAAUCUGUGACCUUUGAGUGCCUUCCAGGAUAUCAACUGACUGGCCAACCUGUCCUCACCUGUCAACAUGGCACCAAUCGAAACUGGGACCACCCCCUACCCAGGUGUGAAGUCCCCUGUGGUGGGAACAUCACCUCUUUCAAUGGCACCGUGUACUCACCUGGAUACCCCAGUCCCUAUUCCAGCUCCCAGGACUGUGUCUGGCAGAUCACUGUCCCCAUUGGCCAUGGCGUCCACCUCAACCUCAGCCUGCUCCAGAUAGAGCCCUUUGGAGACUACAUCACUGUCUGGGAUGGGCCACAGCAGACAUCACUGCAGCUUGGGGUCUUUACAAGGAGUCUGUCCAAGAAAAUAGCAUACAGCUCCUCUAACCAGGUCCUGCUCAAGUUCCAUCGGGACACGGCCACAGGUGGGAUCUUCGCCAUUGCCUUCACAGCUUAUCCACUCACCAAGUGUCCUCCCCCGACCAUCCUUCCCAAUGCUGAAGUGGUCACAGAGAACGAAGAAUUCAACAUAGGUGACAUCGUCCGCUACAGGUGCCUUCCAGGCUUUACCUUAGUGGGGAGUGAAAUCCUCACCUGCAAGCUGGGAACCUACCUGCAGUUCGAAGGCCCACCCCCAAUAUGUGAAGUGCACUGCCCAACCAAUGAGCUUCUGACAGACUCCACUGGUGUGAUCCUUAGCCAGAGCUAUCCCGGAAGCUACCCACAGUUCCAGACCUGCUCCUGGCUGGUGAGAGUGGAGCCAGAGUACAAUGUCUCUAUCACGGUGGAGUACUUCCUCAGCGAGAAGCAAUAUGAUGAGUUUGAAAUCUUUGACGGUCCCUCAGGACAAAGUCCUCUGCUGAAAGCUCUCAGUGGGAAUUACUCGGCCCCCCUGAUUGUCACCAGCUCCAGCAACUCUGUGUACCUGCGCUGGUCAUCUGACCACGCCUAUAACCGGAAGGGUUUUAAGAUUCGGUAUUCAGCCCCCUACUGCAGCCUGCCUAAGGCUCCGCUCCAUGGCUUCAUCCUGGGCCAGACAACCACCCAGCCGGGCGGCUCCAUCCACUUCGGCUGCAACACAGGCUACCGUUUGGUGGGACACAGCAUGGCCAUCUGUACACGGCACCCCCAAGGCUACCACCUAUGGAGUGAGGCCAUUCCUCUCUGUCAAGCUAUAUCCUGUGGUCUCCCUGCUGCCCCCAAAAAUGGAAUUGUGUUUGGCAAGGAGUACACAGUGGGAACUAAGGCUGUGUACAGCUGCAAUGAAGGCUACCACCUCCAGACGGGUGCUGAGGCCACCACAGAGUGUCUGGACACUGGCCUGUGGAGCAACAGCAAUGUCCCCCCACAGUGUGUCCCUGUGACCUGUCCUGAUAUCAGCAGCAUCAGUGUGGAGCAUGGCCGGUGGAGGCUCAUCUUUGAGACCCAGUAUCAGUUCCAGGCCCAGCUGAUGCUCAUCUGUGACCCUGGCUACUACUACACAGGCCAAAGGGUCAUCCGCUGCCAGGCCAACGGUAGAUGGAGCCUGGGGGAGUCUAUGCCCACCUGCCAAAUCAUCUCCUGUGGAGAGCUCCCCACACCCCCGAGUGGACACCGCAUUGGAACAAUGUCUGUCUAUGGGGCAACUGCCAUCUUCUCCUGCAAUUCCGGAUAUACACUGGUAGGCUCCAGGGUGCGGGAGUGCAUGUCCAAUGGACUCUGGAGUGGCUCCGAAGUCCGCUGCCUUGCUGGACACUGUGGGACCCCAGAGCCCAUUGUCAACGGACACAUCAACGGGGAAAACUUCAACUACCGAGGCAGUGUGGUGUACCAGUGCAGGGCUGGCUUCCGCCUGAUCGGCAUGUCUGUGCGCAUCUGCCAACAGGAUCAUCACUGGUCGGGCAAGACCCCUUUCUGUGUGCCAAUUACCUGUGGACACCCAGGCAAUCCAGUCAACGGCCUUACUCAGGGCAGCCAGUUCAACCUCAACGAUGUGGUCAAGUUUGUCUGCAACCCAGGAUACAUGGCCGAGGGGGCAGCUAGGUCCCAGUGCCUGGCCAGUGGGCAGUGGAGUGACACACUGCCCACCUGCAGAAUCAUCAACUGUACUGAUCCUGGGCACCAAGAGAACAGCGUGCGGCAAGUCCACGCCAGUGGCCCCCACAGGUUCAGCUUCGGCACCACCGUGUCCUACCAGUGCAACCACGGCUUCUACCUCCUGGGCGCACCUGCCCUCAGCUGCCAGGGGGACGGCACUUGGGACCGGCCACGCCCACAGUGUCUCUUGGUGUCCUGUGGCCAUCCUGGCUCUCCACCUCACGCCCAAAUGUCUGGAGACAGCUACAUAGUGGGGGCCGUUGUGCGUUACAGCUGCACGGGCAAGCGGACUCUGGUGGGAAAUGCCACCCGCAUGUGUGGACUGGACGGACACUGGACAGGCUCCCUCCCCCACUGCUCAGGAACCAGUACAGGAGUUUGUGGUGACCCAGGGAUCCCAGCCCACGGCAUCCGGCUAGGGGACAGCUUUGCCCCAGGCAGUCUGAUACGCUUUAGUUGUGAAGCUGGCCACAUGCUCCGGGGAUCUUCAGAGCGAGUAUGUCAAGCCAAUGGCUCCUGGAGUGGGUCACAGCCCGAGUGUGGAGUGAUCUCAUGUGGCAACCCCGGAACUCCAAGCAAUGCCCGAGUGGUGUUCAGCGACGGCCUGGUGUUCUCCAGCUCCAUUGUCUAUGAGUGUCGUGAAGGCUACUACUCCACAGGCCUGCUCAGCCGACACUGCUCUGUCAAUGGCACCUGGACAGGCAGUGACCCUGAGUGCACAGUCAUAAACUGUGGUGACCCCGGGAUUCCAGCCAAUGGCAUCCGGCUGGGCAAUGACUUCAGGUACAACAAAACUGUGACAUACCAGUGUGUCCCCGGCUACGUGAUGGAAUCACGCAGAGUGUCUGUGCUGGGCUGCACCAAGGACCGGACCUGGAACGGUACCAAGCCGGUUUGCAAAGCUAUCAUGUGCAAACCUCCCCAGCUCAUCCCGAACGGGAAAGUGGUAGGGUCUGACUUCACUUGGGGCUCUAGCGUGAGUUAUGCCUGCCUGGAGGGGUACCAGCUCUCCCUGCCUGCCGUGCUCACCUGCGAAGGAAAUGGAUCCUGGACCGGAGAGCUACCUCAGUGCUUCCCCGUGUUCUGCGGAGACCCCGGGGUCCCACCUCGAGGGAGGAGAGAGGACCGUGGUUUCUCCUACAGGUCCUCUGUGUCCUUCUCCUGCCACGCUCCCCUGGUGCUGGUGGGCUCCCCGAGGAGGUUUUGCCAGUCAGACGGGACGUGGAGCGGCACACAGCCCAGCUGCAUAGAUCCCACGCUGACCACGUGUGCCGAUCCCGGCAUGCCACAGUUCGGGAUACAGAACAGCUCCCAGGGCUACCAGGUUGGGAGCACGGUGCUAUUCCGUUGUCAGAAAGGUUACCUGCUUCAGGGAUCCACCACCAGGACCUGCCUUCCCAACCUGACCUGGAGUGGGACCCCACCUGACUGUGUCCCCCACCACUGCAAGCAACCAGAGACGCCCACACAUGCCAAUGUUGGAGCCCUGGACCUGCCAUCCGUGGGUUACACACUCAUCUACUCCUGCCAGGAGGGCUUCUCCCUCAGGGGUGGCUCCGAACACCGGACCUGCAAAGCCGACGGCAGCUGGACGGGCAAACCACCCAUCUGCCUGGCAGAGGUCCGGCCCAGCGGGAGACCCAUCAACACUGCCCGGGAGCCUCUGCUCACCCAAGCCUCAGUUCCAGGGGAUGUCUUUGCCAAGAAUUCCUUGUGGAAAGGGGCCUAUGAGUACCAGGGGAAGAAGCAGCCAGCCAUGCUUAGAGUCAUCAGCUUCCAGGUAGCCAACAGCAAGGUCAACGCCACCAUGAUCGACCACAGUGGGGUGGAACUGCACUUGGCAGGAAAUUAUAAAAAGGAAGAUUUCCGCCUCCUGCUUCAGGCUUACCAGGUCACGGGUCCGGCGGAGAGCUUCGUGAACAAGUUCAAAGACGACCACUGGGCAUUAGAUGGCCACGUCUCCUCAGAGUCCUCUGGAGGCACAUUCGUCUACCAAGGGUCCGUCAAGGGCCAAGGCUUCGGGCAGUUCGGCUUUCAAAGACUUGACCUCAAGCUGUUGGAGUCAGAUCCGGAGUCCAUCGGCCGACACUUUGCUUCCAACAGCAGCUCAGUGGCCGCUGCCAUCUUGGUGCCUUUCAUUGCUCUCAUCAUCGCCGGCUUCGUCCUCUAUCUCUACAAGCACAGGAGAAGACCCAAAGUUCCAUUCAAUGGCUAUGCUGGCCACGAGAACACGAACGUGCGGGCCACAUUUGAGAACCCCAUGUAUGACCGCAACAUCCAGACCACAGACAUCAUGAGCAACGAGGCGGAGUUCACAGUCAGCACAGUGUGUACUGCAGUAUAGCCCCCAGGCCUGGCUGCAGCUGCCACCGCCACCGAGAGCCCCGCCGCCAGCAGCCGGUGAGAUUCGGGGGAGCUGGAGGGUGGAAGACGGACUGGCUCUGCAGGGGACAUAGGGACCUGUGUACACACUGCUCCGGCACACAGGGACCCCCACACACCCCCACAGGCAUGGAGGGCUGGCCAGUGGCAUUAGGACCCUCCUCGCAGAUGAGAAAAUUGGAGUUAAGAACGGGAACAUCAGCAAACUUGAACAAGGCCAUAUGUCUAGGAAGAGUGGGUCAGAGUCCACAACUGCAGUAAGGAACUUGGCCCACGAGGGAAUAAAAAGACAUAACCAGAAAAAAAGCCAGGCAGACGUGGCAACCACCUGUAAUUCCGUUGUUGGGGAGGUAGAGAGAGGAGGUGUCAGACUAGCUGAUGUGUGAGAAUCGAUGUCUGGCUUCCACACACAUGCAUGCAUGCAUGAGCACUGCACUUUGUGUUGUCUGUGCAUAUGCAAACGCAUGCACACAGAGAGAGAGAGAGAAACACACACAGAGAGACACACACACAGACACACACACAGAGAGACACACACAGACACACACACAGAUACACAGACACAGACACACACAUACACACAGAAACACACACAUAGACACACACACACAGAUACACACACAAACACACACAGACACACACACAGAUACACACACACAGAGAGAAACACACACAGACACACACACAGAUACACAGACACAGACACACACAUACACACAGAAACACACACAUAGACACACACACAGAGACACACACACAGACACACACACACACACACAGAAACACACAUACACACAGAAACACACACACAGACACACAGACACACACAGAUACACAGACACAGACACACACAUACACACAGAAACACACACAUAGACACACACACAGAUACACACACACACAGAGAAACACACACAGACACACACAGAGAGAAACAUACACACAGAAACACACACACAUAGAAACACACACAGAGACACACAGAGAAACACACAUACAAACACACACACAAACACACACACAAACACACACACACAGAAACACACACACAAACACACACACAAACAUACACACACACAGAAACACACACACACACACACACACACGGGGGUGGGUAAUAAACGCUCUGCCCCUGUGCCCACUUCCUACACGUUCCCAUCCCCAGUUUGAGAAGACUAAAGCCCAAAAGCGAAAGACAGAACCAACUGAUGCCCUUCCGUUCUCUCCUCCUGCUUGGCUUUGCCUCUUUGUCGCCCCCCUCCACUUCCAUUCCCACCCCACCUCACCCCUCCUUCCUCUCUCUCCUCCUCCUACCUGCUCUGGUUGGUCUGUUGGUGCCCAGCUCCCCAGGGGGCAGGAAGGAGCUCCCCUGAGCACAGCGCCCAGUGCCCAUCUUCGUCUGUCCCUCCGCCUACGUCUGCCACUGCUGGGACUCAGGCACCUGCUCGCCCUGCCUCCAUCUGUGCUCGUCACCCUGGAGAGGACUCCACAAUGCCCUGGUGUGGGGCCGUAGAGGAAGAGGGCUGCAGAUGGAGGAAGGCGGAUGGAUUCAAACAGCAGAGUGAAUCGUGGGUGUUCACCUGAACACACAUGGCCUCUCCUUCACUGUAUCCUGCAGAAGAGACCGCAGAGGCUUAAAGAAGGGACGCGUGUGCAUGUGUGGGGGUGUGGGUGUGUAUGUGUGCAGUACAGGUGUGUGUGAAAGAUGCCCUAGACGCUUUUCCCCCCACAAACCCAGAGGAAACGACGAGAGGCAUCAUUACCUCCCAAACUGACACGUCCCCCCUUGGGGACUCGGGGAAUGAGUAAGGACACAUCUCAUGGAAGGUAGUAUGCAGAAGCCACCUGGCUGCAGGGGUAGCCCCAAUUGCACAACAAUAGGAAGGAUUACCUGGAAGAGAAGGGGAGACAUUCUUCAGACGUAAUUUGGUAUCAAUGCAAUUUUUUCAACUAUAAUGGCACUGAGUUUUAAAACCAGUGAAUUAAAAAGUCAUCUGGGGUCCUGAGCAGCUUUGAGAAAGAAGGGUAAUAUAGUGGCAGAGUUGGGGGAUAGAGCAGGAAUCUGCCUCAGGAGCCUAGCAUCACAUCCGGCUGUCAGCUGACCAAGAGAAAAGGCCUCUGCAGACAAGACAGCACACCCUGGAGAGGACAGGAGCAAGCCAGCCCUGGCUCCCAAAAGGUGGCGGCCGCCGCUUACUGACUUAUUCUCCGUGCCUGACUCUUUACAUGUCAUUUCUAGUUCCUUAGAAACGCCACCAAAGCAGGACUUGCUAUUUCCAUUCAGAGGUCAGGGAAGAAGGAAGCACGAGACACCGAGAUCGAGUACACCAGAGAUGCGAAUGCGACCCUGUCUGACUCCGACAUCUACGGCACCUGCUGCCAGAAAACCAGGUCUCCAAUGGGCACCAAAGGCAGGAAGGUAGGGGAGUCUCAACAAGAGGAUGCACAUGUCUAAUCUGGACGCUGCUGUCUGUGCCUGGGCAGCACCAGAUCAAGCACCCAGUGCCCCAGCCUCCUGAAUUGGUGCUCGCCCCUUGGCUUCCAACAGCCCACAACCACAGCGGAGGACCUGGCAGCUCCUUCAUCGAGAGAACUGAGUGAAAGUCACCUUCUCUCCAGCUCCUGGCAAGUGGCUCAGAGUCAUUUAGGCCAGUGUUUCUCAACCUGUGGAUCACGACCCCUUUGUGGGUCACGUGACCCUCUCACAGGGGUCACAUAAGACCAUCCCGCAUACCAGAUAUUCACCUUAUAAUUCAUAACAGUAGCAGAAUUACAGUUAUGAAAAGGCGACAAAUAUAACUUUAUGGCUGGGGGGGGGGCGGUCACCACCAUGUGAGGAACUGUAUUAAAGGGUGGCAGUGUUAGGAAGGUUGAGAACCGCUGAUUUAGACAAUGUCACUGUGUUUAGGUCAUUAAUGAAUUCCUUAUGAGUGUGGUCGGGAAGCCUGCGAGUUUAGAACUCAACAUAAUGACAUUUAGAUUCACUUUUUCCGUGUCCUGCGGAAGUUCCCUGUGAGCAUACACCCCUGCUUCCGUGUGAACGGCAGCCUCCAACACGUGUAGGACGUAUCAAAGUAACAUGUAGAACGUGUGCAGGGAUGAACAGGGAGGGGGGAGCUGGCACAGUUCACAGGAGCAGUUAAAAGAACUCAAUGAGGACGGGCUGAAGCGAGGGGGGGGUCUCCAUUUCCAGCAGGUGCAUUGAAGGCCACAAGGGCAGGCCCACUCCUGUCCACAUACCCUCUGGCCCUCUGGGACUCAGCAUCCCUGUACCCAGUGGGAGAGGACCAGUCUAGACAAACUUGUUCAUGCUCCUUCUGCUCUUGGUGGUGAAUGCAGGAGAUUCUCGGGUUCCUUCCCCGUCCUCCCCAAAGCUAACCCAGUGUGCUCACCCAGCCCUGCCUGGCUCCCUCCUGUGUGUGCUUGGGAGGUCCCAGGAUACACUCAAGGAGCAAAGGCUGGUGGGUCCCCAGCACCUGCUGUGUGUCACUCUCCCUCUGGCCUUGGGCACUUUCUAUUCAUCCCCAGUGGCUCAGAAGGGAACAAGGCAGAUUAAGUCCUUCACCCACCAUCCGUACCCUGUACCUACCACCUCCAUCCCACGAGGGAAAAAAACAGUAAAACAAAAACAAAAAAAAUCUUUUGUACAGAGAUAUAUUUUUAUUAUACAAAGUUUGUACAGUACCAAAAAAAGACAGAAAAAAAAUGGUGUACAUUUUUUUUUCAUUAUUGUAGGUAAAUGGUGUGGGAGCCUUUUUUUUGUAAAUGUAAUAAAAUGUAUAAAUAUGGUUUUCAGAAAGCAUCCCGUGCUGUAAAUAUGUAAUCUACACCCCUUUCUCGGCUUGUCUGCAGUAUAUGCAUUUAAUUUAUCUGUCUCCGUAUAUGAGGCUUCCCCCUGGGGUUCUGCAUUAUGGUACUUUCCGGAAUUUGAAAGCAAUUUUAAAUUUUUUGAAUUCAAAUAAAAUAUAAAUUUUUGCAUU